AUUGACAGUCGGUACAAGGCAUAGUUUGACACUAUUUUCACGUGUUAUUUCAAUCACAUUAAUUUGUUAAAUAAAAGCAAAUUUAAUUAACAAACUCUUAUGUCUCUACCUAUACAAUCAAUAAAACCAGCUGGUAAAAGUUGGCGGGAAAUAAAUCAAGAGCGAAAAGCUCUAAAACGUCAAAGAAAUGAGGAAAAAAUUGUGAAAAGAGAGAAGCGGUUAGCUAUUGAGAAGGAAGCCGACUUACAAAAUAAAGAGGAAAUAAAAAAAGAAAAGCAAAAUGCUGAAAUUUCUACUGUCAGCAUAGCAGUGCCAGGAUCUAUAUUGGAAAAUGCUCAAUCGGCUGAAUUACGAACAUAUUUGGCGGGUCAGAUUGCACGAGCUGCUUGUGUUUUCUGUGUAGAUGAAAUUAUAGUAUACGAUGAUGUUGGAGAUAAGUUAGAUACAAAAAAGUCAAAAUUAGAAGAUAUUGAUGGAGUUAAAAUUGCACGAAAGAGUUGCGUACAAUUAGCAAGGAUAUUACAAUAUUUAGAAUGUCCUCAAUAUUUAAGAAAACACUUCUUUCCAAUUCAUAAAGAUUUAGAAUUUGCGGGACUGCUAAAUCCAUUAGAUGCACCACAUCAUUUACGCAUGACAAAUGACUUUAAAUUUAGGGAAGGAAUAACAAUGAAUAAAAAAGUAAAACCAGGGAAAGGUUCACAAGUCAAUGUGGGAUUAUUACAAGAUGUUUCUACAGACAAAUUAUUAAAUCCUGGUAUUAGAGUUACAGUCAAAAUGCUACCGUCUUCAGAAGGUAGUAAGAAAAUGAAAGGGAAAAUUGUUAGUCUCACAUCACCAAGGGCAGAAACUGGUGUGUACUGGGGGUACACAGUAAGGAUAGCUAAUAGCCUCAGCCAAGUCUUUACACUUUGCCCCCAUAAAGAUGGGUAUGAUUUAACUAUAGGAACAUCUGAUAGAGGUACACCUAUAGAUGAUUUACCAGUGAAUGAAGUCAAAUACAAUCAUGCUUUAAUUAUGUUUGGAGGUUUGCAUGGUAUAGAAGCAGCUCUUGAGAGUGAUGAGCAAUUACAAGUUGAAGAAGCUAGCUUGCUAUUUAAUCAUUAUGUCAAUGUAUUGCCUAAUCAGGGUUCAAGAACAAUUCGAACAGAAGAAGCUAUACUCAUAGCUAUGUCCAGCCUUAGAACAAAAUUGAAAGCUAAUCAUGAGCCGAUGAUAUUUAAGGAGAGUGGGAUAGCUGUUAGCUCUACAUUCCCAAAAAAUGAAAAUUUCACUGAUGGAAACAAAUUAGAUUUAAGCAGAUUUGACUAAAACAUCUUAUAAAACCAUAA